AUGCAGUCUUUUGAGAACAGGGAGAGGCUUGCCGAGACGAAGAGGGAUGUCUCCAGCCUCCAAAAGACCAACAAAGGCCUCCAGUCAAAAAUGAAGAAGUUGGAAGACCAAGUUGAGGAAGCCAUCAAGGCUCGGACUGAAGCCGAAGAAAAUGCUGAGGCUGCUGAGGCCAUUAGGAAGGUAGCCGAAUCACAAAGGAGAGAGGCCGAGGAAAAAAUGACCCAAGCUGAAAAAGAGCUUCAGGAGGCCCUGGCCACCAAAGAAGCUGAAAUGAAAGACGCCGAAGAAAAGGCGUACUCACAGGGUAUGACCGACGUUACUGAGGCCUAUGAAAAACAAGUGAAGGAGGAUGAGGUCACCACUCUGAAAUUCUCUUGGAUUGACCUUCUUGUUGUAUGCUCUGGCAAGCUGUUGUUGAGAUGCCGAUCUCCAGUGGAAUGA